GAAUUCAAGCAAGGUAGAUUUAGUAUAAUCUUUUAGAGCUCGACUCCUUUUUACAAACUUUCACAAGGGAUUACGUCUUUACAUACUCCCUCUUCUUCUUCCUCUUCAUCCGCAAAUCUACUCUUAGCAUUUGUGGAGAGAUGCAAAUCUUUGUUAAUUAAUUUACUCUUCUUCAAUUCUCCGACAUUCUCUAGAAGUUUUGAAGUUGCGACUCUCGACAUUUGACAGCCGCAACCUUAAACUUGGGCCACGAACUUUAUACUGCCACUGCAAAUCAUAUUACCAUUGAGAGUUACCUUGGGAGAUACAUCAUAGGGAGGGAGGAAGCCUCGUUCUCGAAAACCCUCGCAGACAUUCGAGAUGGCGUCCGAUAAGACAGCUGUUGCUUCUGGUGCGGAUCAUACUCAAACAACCCGUCGACGUAAUGUACCAUCAUCCAAUGGAAGUCUUGUAAACACCGUGGAGGUAGAUGACAAGAAGACGCAAGUCAAGAAGGGAAAGCAAUCCCUAGUAGGAUUUCUUGACGAGUGGGAGUUCUUGAUCGCACCAUUGGUUUUUACAAUAUUCGCAUUCUUUACUAGAUUAUACAAAAUCGGCCUUUCACCUAUUGUUACUUGGGAUGAAGCUCAUUUUGGAAAAUUUGGGUCACAUUACAUCAAAAGAGAAUUUUACUUCGAUGUCCAUCCCCCUCUUGGAAAAAUGCUGGUUGGUCUUUCCGGUUAUCUUGCAGGUUACAAUGGUACUUUCGAAUUCAAAUCUGGGGAACAAUAUCCUGAGGAUGUGAAUUACACUUUCAUGCGUGCCUUCAACGCCUUCUUCGGUGCCGUUACUAUUCCAUUAGCUUACUACACUGCUCGCGAAUUGAACUUCAAGAGACCGGCUGUGUGGUUCGUUACAUUAAUGGUUUUGUGCGAAAACUCCUACACCACAAUCAGUCGCUUUAUUCUCUUGGAUUCUAUGCUCCUAUGCUUCACAUUCACCACUGUUCUUUGCUGGGCCAAAUUCCAUAAUCUACAAAAGCAAAGCUGGACUGCUGAAUGGUUCGUUUGGCUCUUGUUGACUGGUGUAAGCAUUGGCUGUGUUUGCAGUGUGAAGAUGGUUGGUCUUUUCUGCACAACCAUGGUUGGUAUUUACACAAUCGAGGAUUUAUGGAACAAAUUUGGCAAUAUCAGAAUGCAAAAGGUCGAGCUCGCCUCACAUGUCGCUAUCAGAGUAAUUUGUUUGAUCGUUAUCCCCAUAGGAGUUUACAUUGCCUCCUUCGCUGCCCACUUCGCCAUUCUUCAAAACAGUGGGCCCGGUGAUGCUCAAAUGAGUUCAUUGUUCCAAGCCAAUUUGAGAGGAACUGAAGUUGGAAAAGAUAGCCCACUUGAAAUCGCAUAUGGUUCUCGGGCUACGAUUAAGAAUAUGGGAUACGGCGGUGGUCUUCUUCACUCCCACAUUCAGACCUACCCUGAAGGAUCCAACCAACAACAAAUUACUUGCUACCAUCACAAAGACGCUAACAACGAGUGGUGGUUUUAUCCUAAUCGUUCUCAACCAGAAUUCGACCCAGAGGCACCACUCAGAUAUGUUGCUGAUGGCGAUGUUCUACGUUUCGUUCAUUCACAGACUGGUCGCAACCUCCACUCACACGAUGUAUCAGCGCCUAUUACCAAAGCUGACAAGGAAGUUUCAUGUUAUGGAAACACCACUGUUGGUGAUGACAAAGAUCACUGGACCAUGGAAGUUGUCAAGGAUGUUUCCUCAAAUGAUCGAAGCAAAAUUAGAACCUUAACCACUGCUUUCCGACUCAAGCACACAAGUUUAGGAUGUUACUUACGCGCUGGUAACGUUAACUUGCCACAAUGGGGUUUCAAGCAAAUCGAAGUCACUUGCACCAAGGACAACAAUCCCAAGGAUGUUUACACUCACUGGAACGUGGAAGCCCACUGGAACGAGAAAUUGCCUGCUGCUGAUGCUGGAGCUUACAAGUCUCCUUUCAUUCACGACUUUAUCCAUUUGAAUGUUGCUAUGAUGACUUCGAACAACGCACUUGUGCCAGACCCCGACAAGCAGGAUGAUCUCGCUUCCUACUUCUGGCAAUGGCCAAUUCUCAACGUAGGAUUGAGAAUGUGUGGAUGGGAUGAUAAUAUAGUCAAAUACUUCCUUCUUGGUAACCCUCUUGUAUACUGGGGCUCUACCGCCUCUCUGGGUCUCCUCGGCCUACUCGUGCUUUGGUAUCUCGUUAGAUGGCAGCGCGGGUAUGACGAGCUUAAACAGUCCGAGAUUGAUCAAAUCCACUAUGCUGGACUGUACCCAGUUCUUGGAUGGUUCCUCCACUAUGUGCCAUUUGUCGCCAUGGCCCGUGUCACUUACGUUCAUCACUACUAUCCAGCACUCUAUUUCGCUAUCUUAGUAUUUGGUUUCUGUGCGGAUUGGAUGUUAAGAAACCAAGUUAAAACUUUGCAAUAUGCUAUCUAUGGUGUUUUGUACGCCUUGACGAUUGCACUUUACAUUUUCUUUAUGCCUAUUUCAUGGGGUAUGGAAGGACCUAAUAGGGAAUACUCUAGGUUGAAGUGGUUUGAUAGCUGGAGGGUUACAGAUUAGAGUGCGCGUAUUAAAGAUAAGACGCGAAGAUAAAAGUCUUCAUGUAUGCGAAGGCAACAAUCAUAUGUUGAGGUAGAUGAAUGGAUAGAUGGUUCAAUGGCGAUAUUGUCUUGUGGGAAGGAACGAACCGGGGAAGAGAACUCUGAAAAGGGAAAAAAAUAUUCGGAUAGUAAGGUGGGUGGAUGGCCUGACUCAUUCCGACAUGAAUUUAUAUUUUACGUUACGGAUAAAUAUGUGUAACAAUAUUUUGAAAUGUUUCAUCUUUUGUCUUAUCUUGUGGUGCAGGGCUGAAAUGUGCUUGUUGUAUUGUAUGUUUGUAUUCUACGAAUAGGUCUUGGGGGAGAGGGAGGGUGUAAAUGAACGAACAGUUACUUGGGAAGAAGGAAAAGGGGAGGGAGAGGGCACAAUGAGAGUAAUGAAACUCAUGCUAUGCGAUGUAGUGAACCUAUUUACACACAAGUAGUAUUUGAUCAAUAACACUGAGAGAUGGA